UUGUCUCCAGUCUCCGAUUCAGUUUGGUCGCGUACAGCAAAAAAUCCCCUUUCUUCCAACAGUCCUGCUCCCCCCUUCUAGCUAGAUCCAGACGACCGCGAAGCUCGAGCCCGAGCGAGCGCCGCCGCCGAGCCCCCUGUUUGGGGGCAUACGCCACGGUCUCGGAUGGGCAGCUACGACGGCUCCAAGCAUCACGCCCAUGGAGCUUGGAUCAAGCACUAGGAUCUUGAUUUUGGGCCACUCUUCACUGUACGCUCGACGGUUUGGUGCUAGCUCCACCGACGACCCUUGCCUGUAUGCCGUUCAAUCCACCGAGAGCUGAUACGGAACUAUGGAGAGUGAACAACUCUGAGUGAGCACUGAGCAACAAUGGCACCAUGUCUGGUGAGCGCAUCCACGGGAGCAAUGGGUUCCCUCCAGACAAAGUUGCGAACCAUUUUAGAAUACAAGCUGCUCAGAGGUGUUGGCCGCGACAUCAUUAUCAUCCAUGAUGUCCUCAGGGCCAUGCAAUCAUUCCUCCUCAUGGUGGCGGACACGGAGGAACAUGAACAGUUUGACAAGAGUUGUGCUGACUUUGUGCGGGAGCUCUCAUAUGAUAUUGAGGACAAGAUUGACAACUCCAUGUCACUUAUGCUCCAUCACGCCUGUCCCAAGAGUGGCAUCAAGAAGCACAUGAUCAAAUUCAAUAAUUUGUUACCCGUCAAGAACCGCCAUCAGAUAGCCAAAGAUAUGAGAGACAUCAAGAGCCAAAUCCUGGAGGCCCAUGAUAGAUGUGAAAGAUACUGCAGGGUUGAGGAUGUCUGUCCCGCAAGAACAGAAUUCGUUGACCCUAGAUUGUGCACAGUCGAUACAUGUGCAGCCGACCUUGUAGGCAUUGAUGGUCCGAAAUAUGAGCUUGUUAAGUGGCUGAGAAACGGGGAGGAUGAACAGAAGGUUGUCUCUAUUGUUGGUUGUGCGGGUUUAGGGAAGACAACUCUUGCCAAACAGGUCUACGACGAGCUUAGAAUAAACUUUGAAUAUCGGGCUUUUGUAUCAAUUUCACGAAGCCCUGAUAUGGCAACCAUUUUAAAAUGUGUACUGUCUCAAUUCCACGCUCAAGAUUAUUCUUCCGAUGAAAGCGAGAUUCCAAAACUCGUCGAUCAAAUCAGAGAUCUCCUACAAGAUAAAAGGUACUUUGUGAUAAUCGAUGAUAUAUGGGAUAUGAAGACAUGGGAUGUUUUGAAAUGUGCGUUAUGCAAGAAUAGUUGUGGCAGUGUAAUAAUGACCACAACACGUAUUUAUGAUGUAGCUAAAUCAUGUUGCUCUUCUAACGGGGAUCUUGUCUACAAUAUCCAACCACUUAGUGUUGCUGACUCGGAGAAGCUAUUUUUGAACCGAGUAUUUGGUCAUGAAAAGGGAGUUCCCCCUGAAUUGAAAGAAGUCUCGAAGGAUGUCUUAAAAAAAUGUGGUGGUUUACCACUGGCCAUCAAUGCCAUAUCUAUAUUGCUGGCUGCUGAGGAAAACAAAGAAGAGUGGGGUCACGUGGGACUCUCUAGUGUCUUUGCAGAAAGACACAAGAAGCCUGACAUUGAUGCUAUGAAAUACAUAUUAUCUCUGAGUUACUUUGACCUUCCCCCUCAUCUAAGAAGUUGUCUAUUGUAUUUGGCUAUGUUUCCCGAAGAUUGUUUGAUUGAAAAGGAGCGGUUAGUACACAGAUGGAUUUCAGAGGGCUUCAUUCGCUAUCAAGAUGGGGAAGAUCUUGUUCAAGUAGGAGAGAGAUAUUUAUAUGAGCUUGUUAACAGAAGUUUAAUAGAAUCAGUGGGCGUGCCAUAUGAUGGUAAGGCACGGUUCUACAGAGUCCACAAUGUUAUCCUUGAUUUCCUCAUGAUAAAGUCCAUGGAAGAGAAUUUUUGUACUUUGACAAGUAAUCAAUCAAGGCUAGAUUACAAAGUACGUCGUCUCUCUCUGUUUGCAAAUAAAGAUCCAUCAUGUAUCGCACAACUGGAUUUAUCGCAUGCUCGAUCUCUCGGUGCUUCUGGGCAUCUUGGGCAAUUAAUUUCCUCUGUGAAGUCAAAUGCUCUGCGUGUGCUCGACGUACAAGAUUGCUCGGAGUUGGGGAAUCAUCAUGUCAAAGAUAUUGGAAGAAAUCCUCUAUUAAGGUACUUGAACAUCUCUGGAACAGAUGUAACUGAGCUUCCCAUACAGAUUGGAGAUAUGGGGUUCCUAGAAACACUUGAUGCAUCAUUUACGGAAUUAGUUGAGAUGCCUGGAUCCAUUACUCGUCUAAGACAACUGCAGCGUCUGUUUGUUUCAGAUGAAACUAAAUUGCCUGAUCUUAUUGGAAAUAUGAAGAGGUUGCAAGAGCUUGGUGAUAUAAAUGCCUUCAGCCAAUCAGUUAACUUUCUGAAUGAGCUGGGCAAAUUAACGGGUUUGCGUAAGCUGGGAAUUAUUUGGGACACCAAUGAUAUUCUUAAAUCUGGCAAGGGAAGUUCCAAGGAAAAAAGGUUGGUGUCCUCCCUCUCUAAACUGGAUGCAGGCAGACUUAGCAACCUCUAUGUUACAUUUUAUUUGAGAGAAAAGGAUGGCUUCAUAGGACAUCCGUUCUUGCCUGCUCUCAAUAGCAUCCGACGUGGAUCCUUCGACUGGUAG